CGCCGCGUGAGUCCCGCAGACUGCGUCUCCUCCGCCCUCUCUUCCGCUCAUUCUUUCCUUUUCGUUUUCUUUUCUAGCUGUUUUAUCUAGAAACAUUUCUUAUUGUCAAGACCAGUCUUUCAUAUUUGCGUCCGGCACGCUGCCUUUGACAACGCCCGACAUCUCUCUGCACUCGCUCUGUUACUGCGGAACCGAUAAUCCACUACAACUACCAAUACCACUGCAAGCAUGUCUUUGAAAGCCGAGCUCGAGACCUGGGCCGCUGCCCUGAAGGCGUACGACGAGGAGGACUUUGAGAAGGCCUUGGACCUCUUUUCGCGCAUCGCGGACUCGUCCAAGAUCCUCACAAACAUGGGUCUCAUCUACGCGACCCUCGGCGAGCACGAAGCCGCCGUCGAGCAAUUCAUCGCCGCCACUCAACUUGACCAAUAUCUAGCCGUUGCAUACUUCCAAUGCGGCGUCUCCAACUUCCUCCUGGGUCGCUACGACCUCGCCUUCAAGGACUUCGAAGAAGCCCUCCUCUUCCUCCGGGGCAACCAAGCCAUCAACUACGAGCAAAUCGGCCUGAAAUUUAAGCUCUACUCCGCCGAGGUCCUCUUCAACAAGGGCCUCGCGCAGAUCUACAUGGGCCGUGUCGCAGAGGGGCUGCAGGACAUGGAGGAAGCCAGGCGGGAGAAGGCGACGGAGGAGCACAGCGUGAUCGACGACGCGAUCCAGGAUCGCGGCGAGGGGUACACGGUGUUUAGUAUCCCCGUGGGCGUCCUGUACCGACCGAGCGAGAACAAGCUCAAGAAUGCCAAGGCCAAGGAUUACAUGGGCAAAGCGAAACUCGUGGCAGCGAGCGACGCAAACGACGCAUUCACCGAGUUCAGCGGCAUCGCGCGCCUGCGGCAGGGCAUCACGCCGACGGGCGUCCUCGUGGACACGCCCCCGAGCCUCGACCGCAGCGUGACCGUGCCCAACCUCCCUCCCAAACGCGAAGACGAUAUGCCCCGCCCGACGAACCUCAGCCGCUCCAAGACGACGAUCCAGGUCGACCCGAACGCGCGCGACCGCAUCGCCGGCCUGCGCCCCGGCGGCGCCCCGUCGCCCACCGGCGCGCCCGCGCCCGCGCCUGCGCCUGCGCCCCUGGGGCGCAGCAACACCAUGGGCACGCGCCCCGGUAUCGGCGGCGCGGGCCCCGCGCGCGCGCUCAGCGUGAAGAAGCCGCAGGCGGCUGCCAGCCCGCGCAGCCCCGAGGAGGGUGCGCCGUCGCCGCCCGCGAAGGGCGCCGCGGCCGGGGGCGGCGGGCGGCUGACGGAGUUCUACGACGAUUAUAUUGAUUCGUACGGCGGGGAGGAGGCGCCGCCGCCGCCGCCGCCGCUGCCGGCGGGCCCUGAGCGCGUCGCGGCGUGGGCGAGGAAUAAUGCGAACCCGACGAACCCGCCGCCUGCGGCGCCGAGCAGGAUGGCGAGCACGCGCGGCCCGCCGCCGAGUGCGUAUGCGGCAAGCUCGUAUGGGAGCAGCUCGGGGGGCCUGAGGAGGAAGGUGACGAGGCGGGGGACGACGAGGAGUCGGGCGCCCAGUCAGUAUACGUAUGAGGAAGAGGAGGAGGGGUACGUUAGUGGUGACUAUGAGGAUGGGCCGUUUGAGCUGGUCAAGAUUAGGGUCAAGCUCCAUUACCAAGAUGACGUCCGCGGCAUGGCGCUCACGCCCGAGACGCCGUUCGACGAGUUCAUGGACCGCGUCUGCCAGAAGUUCGGCAAGGCGAUGGGCGGCCUGGGGAUGAAGUUCAAGGACGAGGACGGCGGGAAGGUGUCCCUCCGGGACGACAGCGACUACGAGCUCGCGAUCGAGACGGCGCGCGAGAGCGCAAAGGGCAAGCCGGAGGGGAAGCUGGAGAUCUGGUGUACCGACGUGUGAAGCGCUCUUAUACGACGAUGGUCAUUCGCUUGCCUGCUGCGGUGUUCUUGGCUUUGCUUGGGUCCUCUUGUUGUUUGGUGAUACCGCGACGCCCGUUCUGGCGUCAUCCUUUCCUCGCUAUUAUUUUAUCUCCCUCUUGUCUUUCACCACACCGCCGUCCGACCACCCCUAACCUCCCCAUCGGACUCGCUCACUCUCGUUGGCUUGCAAUUCUGUUGCGGUAUAUAUAUCCAGCCCUCGUGGUUCCUAUUUGUUAGUAGUAACAACAUCUUCGGUGUAUUGGCUCUUGCGGUGUACGUUUUGUCAGUUAGAUUUUCGCCUGUGGAAUAUACAGCUUUCCCGCUGGACAUGGAGCUGCUCAG